AUGAGCCUCUACAUCAUGGACAAUCUCAGAUUCAGGACUCAGUGUAAAAUCCGGCAGUGUUCUCAAUGUCAGGAGAUCACGGAAUACUACUGUAACACGUGUAGACAAGACCUGUGUCUACAGUGUAAAGAGAGACAUGUUAUAGAUCUCGAUACUAUAUACCACGAUGUCGUGAUUUACCGUGAGAGAUAUGGCUAUAUCCCGAAAAAAGACCGCUGUGUGAGACAUCCAAGGAGAGUUAAUGACAAGUACUGUCACUCAUGUGAAAUUCCCGUCUGUGUCGAAUGUAGAGAACACAACAUUCACCAUGUACUGGAUAUAAGAGUAGCAUAUAUAAAUAAAAGACAACAACAUAAAGAAACCGUUCAUAGCAUCAGAGGUGGGACUCUCUAUAAGAGUUGUUGUCUUCUGGCAGGAAUUAAAGCUGAUAUAAAAAUUUGUCACACGGAAAUCUCCGACUGCCAGUCAAAGAUGUUAGUAAAAGCCCAGAAACUAAGAAACCUCAUAGACACUGUAAUGUUUGAGGUUAAAAUCCGACACAAAAGAUUUAUUCAAAGUUUAAAACAACACAGGAGAAAAAUAAACAGCAUAGAAACCUUUGAACAAAGAUCUGACCAUUUGACAAACAGACUAGAAUUCCUUAUAUUCCUAACGAAGACUCGUGUACACAAGUUAAAGAUCACAUCUAGUCUCAAACAAUACGCCCUGCUCUGCUUGAAUGAAGAUAUAUACACGGAGGAUCUGACCGAUUUACUGGGAGAAAUCCAAAUAAUAGAGACAAGAAAAAGACAAGUGAGAAAUGACACCUGUAUUAUACAGGUCUGUCACUGUGUCAGGUGA